AUGGGGUUCGCACCCAAGGUCCGCCGCUUCUUCAUUGGCGAUAAGCCCUCGAGUGCGCAGGAGGCCACCCUCCUCCGCAAGAUCGACACGGUCCUCCUGGCUUAUCUCUGUCUCUCACAAUUCAUGAACUUCCUCGACCGCCAGAACAUCACCAACGCAUACGUCUCAGGCAUGGCCGAAGACGUGGGAUUUACUGGCUUGGACUAUAACGUGACACAGACCAUCUUCCAGAUCGGCUACAUUGUCGGCGGUAUCCCCCAAUCGCUUAUCGUCUCUUCCAACCGGAUCAGGUUGUCAAUCUGGCUUCCCUUGUGCUGUAUGUGCUGGGGCCUGAUGAACCUUGGAGUCGCUUUCUCUACGAAGGUCUACCAGAUCCAAAUUUUCCGAUUCUUCAUGGCCAUCUUUGAAUCAGUCUCGUUUGCCGGUGGCCACUACGUCCUGGGGAUCUGGUACAAGCCAUCCGAGCUGGGGAAGAGAGCUGCGCUGCUCACCGCUAGUCAGAAUACCGGUGGGCUGUUCGCAGGCGUCAUGCAGGGUGCGAUCUACACUACUCUCAACGGCAGGUUGGGCAUGUCUGGGUGGCGUUGGAUGAUCCUUGUCAACACCCUGAUGACUGUCCCGGUCGCGCUGUUUGGCUUCUUUACGUUCCCCGACACACCUCAAGACUGCCGGCGCCGCUGGCUGUCCAAAGAGGAGCUCCAGCUCGCCAUCGACCGGGUGCCCGAGCGCGUCCAGACCAAGCUCAGCUGGGGGUCGUUCAAGCGCAUCUUCUUCGAGUGGCGCUUCUGGGCAUUUACCUUCCAGUUCUCCUUCAAUACCAUCAUGGAGUGGAGUGGUCUCUUUACUGUGAGUUUCCGCCGUGUCCCCAUGCAGCUGUGGAUGAAAUGGACAGGAUGGUACACUGUGCCUCAGAUCAAUUACUACCCGCUCGGUACCACCGCCAUCAUCAUCACGUCCACCUUCUUCUUCGCCCUCUGGUCUGACUACACGCGGUCGAGGUGGUGGGUCAAUUGCGUGAUGGCCGUCUUCUCAGGCGUGUCCGCCACGAUUCUGUUGGUCUGGGAGAUCCCGACGGCUGCUAAAUACUUUGCUUGGUAUCUGGCUGGCAUGGGAUACAUCGGUCAAGCUACAAACUUUGCCUGGGCCAACGAGAUGUGUCGAGACAACGAUCAGCUCCGUGCCUACACCCUGUACGCCAUGGUCUACGGCUCCAACGUCUCCAUCGCCAUAUUCGGCAUCGCUUUCUUCCCGGUCACCGACCUUCCUCGUUUCACCAAGGGCUAUGCUACCUCUCUCGCUAUCUGCAUCCUCUCCCCACCACUCGCCUAUGCGAUCCACAGGGCGUGCGCUUCCAGGGCGGCCAGGCUCAAGCGGGAAGCCGAGGCGGCGGGUUCGAUCGAGUACCGGCCUGCCGAUAGCCCAUCGGCCGAGGCGCAGUAUGAAGACGUAGAUGAGAAGAAGGGCGAGGCGGUCAUCCCGGAGGAGGGGGAUGUCAAGGUCUCGGAGGUUCCGGUUUCGAUGGUGCGAUGA